CAGGGUGGCUGUGAAGGCUGCGGGGAUGAGGAGAACUCCGUAGGCGGCACCUGCGUGCAACACAGUCAUCGUGAUGACGUUCCGCCACACGAUGACCAGGGGAGGUUUGGGGCCUUCCUGCUCCUUGUACGUGUGGUCAAAAACAUCUUCCCGGCAGGCCUCCGGGGGACCAUUGCUGGAGGUGCGUUCAUGUUCCUGUUCCUGCUGCUGCUUCUUUUUCUCCUCCGCCUCCGUCAUCGUUGUGCUGUCUGCGGCCUGUCGGGUGCUUUUUUUUUUUUUUUUUUUUAAAUAUUCACGCCGCCCCCCACGCAGGGAAAGGAAAAACACCUGUGAGCGUCACGCAGGAAGGACGUCGAUGCUCUCGUCGAGCUAGCGGUGCAAUGGAGGCUGGAGUGAGGCUUUUUUUCUUUUUUUUUUCUCUUCCUCUGAAGCAGCGGUGAUGCUAGGUUCAAGCUCGCUCCGUUGCGUAACGUCCUAUGUGACGCGCGGCCACAUAACAGCGUGAAAGGCGCUUUCGAGCGAACUCAGUAAAGGCGGCGCCGUGGACGGUGGGGAUGGCUGUGAAGCGGUGGUGUAGUCACGCCGUGCCGUGUCGUGCCGCUAAAGGAAAGACAGAAGAGUCCCGUCCGCAGCGAACGCAUCAAAAAUCAGGCACCGGAGCGCUUUGCGGCCGGCCAGCCAAUCGGCGCGCGGGACCCGCCCACUUGCUGCUUUUUGAUUGGCCGGCCGGCCAUCUGCUGUUCGCCGCUGCUAAAUCCAGAUGUGUUAUAACGCUCUGGUUGUACCAACACCAACCUUGCUGGUGUCUUUUUUUGUUUAAAUGUAUGAAACCGAGUAGAAUGAAACAUAUAGCAAACAGAAAGCAUCUGGGGAGUUAUAAUUUAAGGCCGUUUUAACCUCACAGUGCGUCUAGAAGCGAGGCGACGCCCACUCACGUUAUGAACAGACAAGUUAGGUAAACUUGUCAGGGGUGGGCGAUACUGCAUAUUUUGACAUCGAUGCGAUACCAAGAUCAAGUCUGCCCUCAACUUUUUACUUAAUUUUUUUAGACGAUUGACCUACUUAAUUUUUUUUUAUCAUCAAGUUGUAGGUCAUGAUUAUAAUCAGAAAAACAUGUUAAAUCGACAAACGUAGUUGUGAAAAAAUUAACAGUAUACUAACAUAACAAUGUCAACAAAAAUAUUACUUAAAUGACCUAAAAUGGCAAAAUCAUUAGUGCAAAAUAAAUAAAAACCCUCAAAAUAGCUCCUAUUGAAAUUAUUAAUUGUUUUGCCCUCGAGUCCUCAAUACAUGGAUGAUGCAACCAACCACCACCGCCCUUCUCUACUGCCCUCCUGUGGCUAUAAAGAGUAUAUAUAUAUCUGUCAGUGAUUUUCCUAUAGUGCCAUGACAUCAUCAUGGCUUUUUGAGUCGGUCCUGGAUCUAAUCUUUUAUCUUGUUCUCGUGAGAAAAACAAAAUUCCACCUGUAGGUGAAAAGAGCAGGGGAUGAUGAACUGGCGGAUCAGCUGGAAAAGCAGACACUACAUACAACAGGAAGACACUUAUAUGCAAUACAGAACACCAGUAGGGACGGGUAGAACUGUAAGGGGGAGCAUUAUCGUAGCUUUUUGAGUGGGUCCUGGAUCUAAUAUAAUAAUAAUAACAUAUUCUCGUAAGAAACAAAUACAAAAUCCACCAGAAGGUGAGAAGAGUAGGAGAUGAUGAACUGGCGGAUCAGCUGGAAAAGCAGACACUAACGCUAAAUUAGCUCAGAUGUCAGUAAGACCGAGGCAAAAUCAUUGAUUAAAGGAAAUAUUUUGAAAGAGUGGCAAUCACAUUUGGUCAUGAGUACAACAGGAAGACACUUAUAUGCAUUACAGAACACCAGUAGGGACGGGAAGAACUGUAAGGGGGAGCAUUAUUGUAGCUUGGGCGGGCGUGGCGCAGUGGAAGAGUGGCCAUGCGCAACCGUAGGGUCCUUGGUUCAAUCCCUACCUAAUACCAACUUCGUCACGUCCGUUGUGUCCUGAGCAAGACAUUUAUACCCUUGCUCCUGAUGGGUGCUGGUUAGCGCCUUGCAUGGCAGCUCCCUCCAUCAGUGUGUGAAUGUGUAAGUAGUGUCAAAGCGCUUUGAGUACCUUUUUGGUAGAAAAGCGCUAUACAAGUACAACCCAUUUAUUUAUUUUCGCUUUUUGAGUGGGUCCUGGAUCUAAUAUAAUAAUAAUAACAUAUUCUCGUAAGAAACAAAUACAAAAUCCACCAGAAGGUGAGAAGAGUAGGAGAUGAUGAACUGGCGGAUCAGCUGGAAAAGCAGACACUAACGCUAAAUUAGCUCAGAUGUCAGUAAGACCGAGGCAAAAUCAUUGAUUAAAGGAAAUAUUUUGAAAGAGUGGCAAUCACAUUGGGUCAUGAGUACAACAGGAAGACACUUAUAUGCAUUACAGAACACCAGAAGGGACGGGAAGAACUGUAAGGGGGAGCACAACAGAUGAAAGAAUCAUAUCAGACAUUAGAUUAGGACACACCAGGCUGAAUAAGACAUUGCAUUGGACUUUAUAAAGAAAGUCCAAUCUAUAUAUAUAUAUAUAUAUAUAUAUAUACAGUAUAUAUAUAUAUAUAUAUAUAUAUAUACAGUUCUCUGUAGCAUGUAAUAUUUUGGUAGCUAACCGUUCACGUUUAUUAUAUUUCUGGUUGUCAUUUAUUUUUGGUGACUUAUUUCAAUACUUUUUCUUUCAUUUGUAUCUUUAAUUGUAUAUUAGUUGUUUGUUAUUUAUUUUGGUUACCUUAUCAGUUGAAGGUAUUUCUAUGAUUGUAUUUUUUCAUAAAUACUGCAUUCCUUUUGUUUAUCAUCUGUUAUUUUUGGAAGCAAAUUAUACUAUUUACUCUUUUGUCCGUAUUAUUAUUUUUGUAAUUUAUAUUGGUUACCCUAUUAGCUACAUAAAUGUUAUUUUUGUCACUUUUGAAUUGUUUUUUUUUAAAUAACAGAUGUAGUUUUAUUUAUUUCACAGUUUUUUUCAUAGUUAUUGUUAUUUUUUUACUAUUGUUUUUGUUAAUUGUGUAUUAUUUUAGGGGAUCUAAUUAUAAUAUUUAGUGUAUUUUUUUAUUCGGACAUUAUAUUAUCAUUAGUGAAUAAGAAUACAAUAACAAUAGCCACUACAUCUACAGUAUAUUGCAAACUACAACCACCUUUUAUCAGUAACAUAAAAGGCAACAUUUUAAUCUUUUUUUGUUUUGAUUAUAGCUGCAAUUAUAUAUAUUUCAAAAGUGUUUAGUAUUUAUUGUUUGGACUUUUCUAAAUAUAUAUGUUGUUUUAUUUAUCAUGUAUUGUUUUGGUAGCUAAGCAUUCAUGUUUAUUAGAUUUGUGGUGAUCAUGUAUUUUUGGUUACUUAUUUCAAUAUUUUUUCUUUAAUUGUGUAUUGUUUGUUUGUUAUUUAUUUUGCUUACCUUAUCAGUUAAAUGUAUUUCUAUGAUUAUUUUAUUGUUUUUCAUGUGGUUACUGUUUCUUUUUUAAAUUUAUGAUAGCUGUAUUUUUAUAAAAUGGACAGUUUUCUUUUGUAUUUUUCAAAAAAUAUAUAUUACAUUAUUUUUAUUUAUCAUCUAUUAUUUUGGAAACAAAUUAUACUAUUGUCCGUAUUAUUAUUUUUGUAAUAUAUUUUGGUUACCCUAUCAGCUGCAUAAACGUUACAAAAGGGAGUUGUGUAAUAUUUUGUUGCUUUUGAAUGGUUUUAAUUGUGUGUGCUUUUUUUAUAAUAGCUGUAUUUGCUAUAUAUUUCACUGUUUAGUUCAUAUUUAUUGUUCUUUUUUGUUUUGUUUUGUUAAUCGUGUAUUAUUUUGUGAAGCUAAUUAUAACAUUUAGUGUAUUUUAUUAUUCGGACAUUGUAAUAUCAUUUACAUCACAUUUUUGGUUGCUUAUUUCAAUAUUUUUUCUUUAAUUGUAUAUUAUUUGUUUGUUAUUUAUUUUGGUUACCUUAUCAGUUAAAGGUGUUUCUAUGAUUUUAAUUGUUUUUUAUGCGUUUACUUUUGUUUUGUUUCAAUAUAUAAUAGCUGUAUUUUUAUAUAAUGCACAGUUUUCUUUUGUAUUUCUUUAAAUGUAUAUUGCAUUCUUUUUGUUCAUCAUGCAUCAUUUUUGGAAGCAAAUUAUACUAUUCUCUCUUUUGUUUGUAUUAUUAUUUUUGUAUCAGCGACAUAAACGUUACAAAAAGGGGUUGUAUAAUAUUUUGUCACUUUUGAAUUGUUUUAAUUGUGUGUGUUUUUUAAAUAAUAGCUCUAUUUUUAUAUAUUUCACCGUUUUGUUCAUACUUGUUGUUCUUUUUUUCUGUUUAUCGUGUAUUAUUUUGGUCAACUAAUUAUAAUAUCAAUGUAUUUUAUUAUUCGGACAUUAUAUUAUUAUGUGUGAAUAAGUCUAUAAUAAUAAUAGCCACAAUAUCUACAGUAUAUUGUAAACUACAACCAGCACCACAAUGAUGAACUGUACAAACCAGUCAUGAAUGAUGCAGCACUGACCUACAUUAUUCAAAAAGGAGCUAUGUCCCCCUCUGGUGGCCAACAUAUCGCAUCACACAUGCACUGUCAGUGUGAUGCUAACGUUGCUGCUGCUCCUUUCUCCACCUAAAAAAAAAAAAGAUACAUCCACAAGACUGACUGACAGUGCGGCUGCAGCGUCCGCAUGACGUCAUCUGCCGUCCUGGUCCAGCUGAAGUGAGCAUCAUCAGCAUCAUCAUCAUCCCCGCCGCCAUGGAGGUGAACCGGGAUGAGGCUGAACGCUGCAUUGACAUCGCCGCCGCGGCGCUGAGCAGCGAGCAACCCGAGAAGGCGAGGAGGUUCCUGGAGAAGGCCCAGAGACUCUUCCCUACCGAGAAGGCGCGGGUGCUGCUGGAGGUCAUCUCCAAGAAUGGAUUCAGUCCCAGAAAAGAGGCACACUUGAAUGGAGACUCAGGACCAAGACAACGAACAACACAAAGUCAGGACACCGGCAGACCUGAAGGGAAAACCUCAGAUACCUCAAAGUCCUACACGGCAGACCAGGUGGAUGCUGUGAGAAGGAUCAAACAGUGCAAAGAUUUCUACGAGAUCCUCGGCGUCACUAAAGAUGCUUCCGAAGACGAGCUGAAAAGAUGUUACAGAAAACUGGCGUUGAAAUUCCACCCGGAUAAAAACCACGCUCCCGGUGCCACGGAUGCGUUUAAAGCCAUCGGGAACGCGUACGGCGUCCUGAGUAACGACAACAAAAGACGACAGUACGACGAGUGCGGCGAGGAGAGGAGGCAUCCCUCCAGACACGGGCCGGACCAUGGCAACUUUGAUGCUGACAUCUCGCCUGAGGACCUCUUCAACAUGUUCUUCGGAGGAGGUUUUCCUGCAAGUAGUCAACACACAAACGGGAGGAUGAGACACCAGAGGCCGCAAAGAAGGGAAAGGCAAAGAGAUGGCGGCCUGGCUCUCUUUGUGCAGGUGAUGCCCAUCCUCAUCCUGGUCAUCGUGUCGGCCCUCAGCCAAAUAAUGGUCAACAGCCCGGCCUACAGCCUCAGCUUUCGCCCGUCAGUGGGCUACACGCAGAAGAGGCUGACGGAGAACCUCAAGGUGCCGUACUAUGUCGGCGAGCAGUUCCCCAAAGACGUCAGCAGCGGGAAUUUGAAGCGCCUGGAGCAGACGGUGGAGGACGAUUACAUUUCCAACCUGCGCAACAACUGCUGGAAAGAGAAACAGCAAAAGGAAGGCAUGCUUUACCGGGCUCGCUACUUUGGCGACACCGACCUGUACCAGAGGGCGCAGCGGGCCAGGACGCCGAGCUGCGCCAAGCUCUCCGAGAUCACCGCGUCCUACCAGGGCUGAGGCGGCGACACCCAACCCCCCCGCUGUGAGUCACGGGCGCUCGAGUCCUGAUCUUACCUUUUUGUCCUGCCCUCUGUCCCGAGAAGAGUAAAUAGACAAGCUUUAAAGGCCUACUGAAAGCCACUACUAGCGACCACGCAGUCUGAUAGUUUAUAUAUCAAUGAUGAAAUAUUAACAUUGCAACACAUGCCAAUACGGCCAGUUUAGUUUAAUACAUUUCAAUUUUAAAUUUCGCGCGGAAGUAUCAUGCUAAAACGUCGCGGUAUGAUGACGUCACGCAUUGUAGAGGACGUUUUGUUCCAGCACCAUUCCCCAGCUAUAAGUCAUCUGUGUUGCUGAAUCUUUUGCAAUUUGUUCAAUGAAUAAUGGAGACGUCAAAGAAGAAAGAUGUAGGUGGGAAGCGGUGUAUUGCGGCCGCCGUUAGCAACACAAACACAGCCGGUGUUUCAUUGUUUACAUUCCCGAAAGAUGACGGUGAAGCUUUAUUAUAGAACAGAGAUUUCAAGCGAACACGGUUGGAUUGGACCACACACACACAAAGUAAAUAAAUAAAUAAAUGGGUUGUACUUGUCUGGCGCUUUUCUACCUUCAAGGUACUCAAAGCGCUUUGACACUACUUCCACAUUUACCCAUUCACACACACAUUCACACACUGAUGGAGGGAGCUGCCAUGCAAGGCGCCAACCAGCACCCAUCAGGAGCAAGGGUGAAGUGUCUUGCUCAGGACACAACGGGCGUGACGAGGUUGGUAGUAGGUGGGAUUUGAACCAGGGACCCUCGGGUUGCGCACGGCCACUCUCCCACUGCGCCACGCCGUCCCGUACAGUGCUUAGUACAGGGUACUAAGCAGCGAUCAUUUCGAAAGAUCGUGUUUCGAAGAGGGUCCCUUGCGAAGGGCAGAGAUGAGCAUCGCCACCACCCGUCGACUGGUGCUGAAGAAAGGUGCGGGGCCGACCUUCAGGUUGUACAUGUACGACCAUGUAAUCUCACUAAAACACUAGUAACACAAUAAAAAGAUAAGGGAUUUUCCAGAAUUAUCCUAGUAGCUCUGUCAUCCGGGAGGAACUCAAAGUAAAGCCGCUGCUCCUCCACAUCGAGAGGAGCCAGAUGAGGUGGUUCGGGCAUCUGGUCAGGAUGCCACCCGAACGUCUCCCUAGGGAGGUGUUUAGGGCACGUCCAACCGGUAGGAGGCCACGGGGAAGACCCAGGACACGUUGGGAAGACUAUGUCUCCCGGCUGGCCUGGGAACGCCUCGGGAUCCCCCGGGAAGAGCUAGACGAAGUGGCUGGGGAGAGGGAAGUCUGGGUUUCCCUGCUUGGGCUGCUGCCCCCGCGACCCGACCUCGGAUAAGUGGAAGAAGAUGGAUGGAUGGAUGGAUCCUAAUAAAUGUGUCUAAUAAUAUCUGAAUCGCUACCACUGCCCUCGUCUUUUCUUUUUUUCUUUUUCUAGUCCUUCACUCUUACUUUCCUCAUCCAGGAAUCUUUCAUCCUCGCUCAUAUUAAUGGGGGAAUCGUCGCUUUCUCGGUCCGAAUCGCUCUCGCUGCUGGUGGCCAUGAUUGUAAACAAUGUUCAGAUGUGAGGAGCUCCACAACCCGUGACGUCACGCGCACAUCGUCUGCUACUUCCGGUACAGGCAAGGCUUUUUUAUUAGCGACCAAAAGUUGCAAACUUUGUCGUCGAUGUUCUCUACUAAAUCCUUUCAGCAAAAAUAUGGCAAUAUCGCGAAAUGAUGAAGUAUGACACAUAGAAUGGACCUGCUAUCCCCGUUUGAAUAAGAACAUCAUUUCAGUAGGCCUUUAAUGGAAGCGCCCGGAACACGCAAAAAGCGCGACGGAGGGUGAGGAUUUCCGUGGACCUGACUUGCACCUUCUAUCUAACCCGUUGAAACUAUGCAGUAAUGUUGUCCUUGACCUCAUUGUAACACCGCAGUUUGCUUUUAUUGCGUUCAAAAUCUAUAUUUUAGCCACUUAAAGCAGGGGUGUCCAAGCCAGUGUCGGACCAGCUAGCUAUGCUAAGCAUUAGCAUACAUUUCAAAGAAAUGUGCGAUAUUAUUAUUAUUUAUUUUUUUUUUUUUUAAAUUGGUCUCAGGCGUGCUUCAGUCGUGUUUUUGUCCAAAAUCUGGUUUUGAUGGUGAAACUGGACCAUUUUUUUUUAAUCAAAGUUCAAAUUUUUGUGAUCUCGUAAUUUUUCAUCGAAGUUUGAAUUUUUGUCAUUUCGUCAUUUUUUAAUCACAUUUAAAUUAUUGUCAUUCCGUCCUUUUUCAUUGGAGUUCAAUUUUUUUUCAUUCAGUCAUUUUUUAUCGAAAUUCGAAUUUUUGUUAUUCUGUCAUUUUUUAUCAGUUUGAAUUUUUGUCAUUCUGUCAUUUUUCACUCAAGUUGAAAUUAUUGUCAUUCGGUCAUUUUUUAUUGAUGUUCUAAUUUUUGUCAUUCCGUCAUCUUUUAUCGAAGUUCGAAUUUUUGUCAUUUUUUAUCAACGUUCUAAUUUUUGUCAUUCCAUCAGCUUUUAUCGUAGUUCUAAUUUUUGUCAUUCUGUCAUUUUUUAUCGAAGUUCUAAUUUUUUUCAUUCCGUCACUUUUUAUCGACGUUCCAAUUUUUUUCAUUCUGUCAUUUUUCAUUGACGUUCCAAUACUCGUCAUUCCGACAUUUUUUAUCGAAGUUUGAAUAUUUGUCAUUCUGUCUUUUUUCAUUGAAGUUCUAUUUUUUGUCAUUCCAUCAUUUUUUACUGAAGUUAAAUUUUUUGUCAUUCUGUCAUUUUUUAUCGAAGUUUGAAUUUUUGUGAUUUCGUAAUUUUUCAUUAAACUUCGAAUUUUGGCAUUCUGUCAUUUUUCAAUCGGAUUUUAAUUUUUGUCCUUCUGUCCUUUUUCAUUGAAGUUAUAUAUUUUUUCAUUCCGUCAUUUUUUAUCGAAAUUCGAAUUUUUGUUAUUCUGUCAUUUUUUAUUGAAGUUCACAUUUUUGUCAUUACGUCAUUUUUUUGUUGAACUUCUAAUUUUUGUCAUUCUGUCAUUUUUUUAUCGAAAUGUAAUUCUUGUCAUUCCGUCAUUUUUCAUUGAAGUUUUAAUUUUUGUCAUUCCAUCGUUUUUUUUACAAAGUUCGAAUUAUUGUCAUUCCGUCAUUUUUCAUCAAAGUUCUAAUUUUUGUCAUUCCUACAAAACGCAAACUCUGGCAAGACAGCAGUCAAAGCAUGUUUGUAACAAUCCACAUGUUGUCUUACUAAUGCGUAAAACUGCUAUCUAAACAUGAAAGUGUAGCUCCUCUCCUUUAAAUGCAAGUGCUCCUAUAGCAGGAACACAAAGGAUGUAUUCCUGCAAAAUACAAACUCUGGCAAGACACCAGUCAAAGCAUGUUUGUAACAAUCCACAUGUUGUCUUACUAAUGCGUAAAACUGCUAUCUAAACAUGAAAGUGUAGCUCCUCUCUAAAUGCAAGUGCUCCUAUAGCAGGAACACAAAGGAUGUAUUCCUGCAAAAUACAAACUCUGGCAAGACACCAGUCAAAGCAUGUUUGUAACAACCCACAUAUUGUGUUACUAUUGCGUAAAACUGCUAUCUAAACAUGAAAGUGUAGCUCCUCUCCUCUAAAUGCAAGUGCUCCUAUAGCAGGAAUACAAAUUCUGGAAAAACACCAAAGCACUGCUGCAAUUUUAUUUAUGUAUUUUUUUUUUAAAGCGUGUUUAUGUCCUUUUUGGGUUGAGCGGUUUCAUAAAUGAGAAUGUCUAUAAACGUUUCAUUAAAGCAAAGUCAUGGUAUUAAAAAAACUAAAAAUGGUAUACUUAAUAAUGACAAAAAAGUAUAUCUUUCUGAGAUUGCGCGAUUCAUUUUGAGUCGUGGGACGGCAAAUGGCCCCAUGUGCCGCACUUUGGACACCCCUGAGUUAAAGUUUCUGACCCCGUCGGAUGUGUCAGAGUGACCUUGUAUAGGAGUUGGAAUGUCCUCAGUUAGCAGUUUGUUAGCAAUUUAGGAUGACAAACAGAUAUGAAAUGCCAUUAUGAUGCUAUAUAUGACCUGUAGCUGCACCUUCAUCCAGAUUCUCACCAAAACCCUGUCACUUGUAUGUGUCCCACUUUUUUUUUCUUGUUAGUAUUGUUUUUUUUUUACUGCGGGGUAACAAAAAUUAAAAACCGCUGCACAAGA